CAUGAAGUCCCGCGACUCUAAUCAUCAUCAUCGAUCGUCCGUUGUUUGUUUGGAGCGCAUACAGUUGCUGCGCAGCGGUGCACCUAGUCAGUGGUCGAUUCAUGCUUCACGCCUUGGAAGCUCCUCUUUGACAGCUCUGGAGUAGGCCCUGCCUGCCAACGACAAUGUUUCUCCAGGCUUCUCCAGUCUGGGGGAGCUGAGCCAGGGUUAAAACGGUUAUGGAGAGUCGCCACAUGGCCGAGGUAACCGAGAGGAAGCUCAUGGCUCGGGCAAGGUCGCAUUGUGCAGCUUGCCACGGCCACCAGCCCCAGCUCAGUUGCUCCUCUGGAACCAACCCCAUGGGUCAACCAACGAGGAACGCGAUGUCCAAUGCUACCUUAUAAAAGGUGCGUUGCUUCUCGGUCCGGAGAAAGUUGCCUUCCUGUUCUCGCACAUCGUUCUCCAGACGCGUCGCAUCCUGCAGAGAUCGUCGAGUCGCAGCAGUCAUUAUGAUGCUCAGAUCCGCCUUCAUCGCCGCCGUAGGCGCGCUCACUUGCGGAUUCGCCUCUGCUCUUGAGACGUUCGAGCGCAACCUCAUCUUUCAGCCGCCUGACAACUACACGGAUCCCCGCGUGCUGUACCCUCGAACGGUUCAGCUCGACGACGGCCGUCUGCUGGGAACUUGGGAGAACUACUCACCGGAGCCCCCUCUGGUUUGGUUCCCCAUUUACGAGUCUCUCGACGGUGGUCUCACUUGGGAGGAAGUCGGCCAGGUCCACGACCAGGUCAACAACUGGGGCUUGCGUUACCAGCCCUUCCUGUACGAGCUCCGCGAGGACUUUGCAGGCUUUCCUGCUGGAACCGUCCUUCUGGCCGGUAACAGCAUUCCCACCGACCUCAGCGAGACUCAGAUCGACCUGUAUGCGUCUCAGGACAAGGGCCGCACUUGGGAAUUCCUCUCCCACGUCGCUCGUGGCGGUCGGGCCAUUCCCAACAACGAGGAGACACCCGUCUGGGAGCCUUUCAUUCUUAUCUUCGAGGACGACCUGAUUCUCUACUACGCCGAUCAGCGCUCGGCCGAGCACGGCCAGGAGAUCUCCCACCAGACCACAAAGGACCUCAAGGACUGGUCCGCCGUCGUGACCGAUGUCUCCUACCCCACAUACACCGACCGCCCCGGCAUGCCUUUCGUCACCCAGCUCGCCAAUGGCGACUACAUGUACACCUUUGAAUGGGGCGGCGCUCCCAUUAUCCCGACCUACGCGUUCCCAAUCUAUUACCGCAUCGCGAAGGACCCCCGCAAGUUCGCCGACGCCCCCGACAUGUACAUCAACAGCACCAAUGGCGGUGUCUUCCCCAUCAACAGCCCCAACGUCGUCUGGUCUCCCGUCGGUGGCUGCAACGGAACCAUUGUGGUGUCAAGCAACAGCGCCCCUCUCUUCAUCAACCGCCGCGGCGGCGACCCGAGCGCGUGGGUUGCGUACGACUCUCCUGAGGCUGGCGCAUAUACUCGCAACCUGCGGAUCAUGGAGGAGGACCCUGAUUACCUCCUCAUCAUGGGUGCCGGCGUCCUGCCCCCCAGCACCACGAACAAGGUUACUGUCAGCAUGCUCAAGCUUACCGAGCUCUUGGGUCUCAAGCAGGCAUGAUGAAUGACAAGGAUUCCAUCUACAUAACAAGAGUUCGGGUUGCUUAUUUGGAGGACGUGCCUUACACCCAGCACACGACAAGUACAUGAACGCAACUAACGUCAUAACGAGAUAUUGCUAAAUGAUUGAUAUUCGCUUACCA